CUACAGAAAGUGGAAAACAAGUUUUUGCAUUUGCACUUUAUUGGGUUAAUGGUCAAACUUAUCGAUUACUGGGUUUUUUAUUUGUUCUAAAGCACAAAUACCUUUUUAAAUCAAGGUUAACGACUUUCUAUUGUGUUGAAAAAAAUAUACAAAUAUUUUUGCAUUAAUAAGUCAAAGCAAAUGCAAUGUGGUAUAUUUUGUUACUUAGUAUUUGGUGUCUAUUAUUCGCCUUAUUUAUUAUUGCUUUUUUAAUUUCUCGAUUUGGAUAUGUGACUUGUGAUAAUAAUGUUUGUUUACUUGGUAAAACUGCGUUAGUUACUGGUGGAAGCACAGGUUUAGGCCACGAAAUAGUUCUUUCUCUAGCAUCAAGAGGAUGUCGAGUAAUAAUAGCGGGAAGAACAAUAAAUUCAGCUUUAAAAAACAAAAUUAUAGAGGAAACUAAUAACCCAAAUAUAGUCUUAUACCAUGUAGAUUUCACUUCGUUUAAAUCUGUACGGCAGCUAGCAAAAAAACUGAAUGAAACUGAAGAAAAAUUAGAUAUUUUGGUGAACAACUCUGGAAUUGGGAAAUCUUUGUAUACAGAUCGUACUGAAGAUGGUUUGGAUAUAACCAUGCAGAUCAAUCAUUAUAGUCCGUUUCUGCUUACAAAUCUUUUAGCAGGGCUACUGAAGAAAUCAAACAAUGGAAGAAUCAUUUUUACAUCGUCAUUUUUGUCCUUCUUUCAUGUGAUAACGAAAAGAAGUGUAACGCCUUUAAAAAUCAAAAAUCUUCCACAAGCUCUAUAUGGGCUUACUUAUGGCAAUACGAAAUUCUUAAACAUCGUCUCAUCGGAUAUUUUUGCUGAAAAAUUAAAAAAAUGGAAUAUAACAAGUAAUGUGUAUAAUCCUUUGGUGGCAAAAACGAAUAUUUUUAACCAAGUUACAAAAAAUGUUGAUUAUAGAAUUUUAGUAGACAACAUUGUAAAUGUUAUUUCUAAAAUGUUGGUUAAUUUAUUUGGAAUCGAUCCAAAAUUAAGCAUCCAAGCAGCUAUCCAAUUAGCGACAUCUAAAGAGUAUACAAAUAUAAGCGGUACAUUUUUAGGAAAAGUGUUUCCAAAACUGAAACCUCGAGCUUGUCAUGACAGAAUAUUGUGUGAAGCUAUUUGGAGAGCAUCUGAAGAGGUUGUUCAGUUAACUGAUGAAGAAAAAUUAAAAUGAAUAAAUAUAACAAAAUGAUAUAUAGGGCUUUUUAAGAAAGUCAACAGUUAAUAAAAAUAUCUAGUUUAAGAUAUAGAAAAUAAAAGUCCUUAUUAUCUCACAUUAAUAUGCAUAAUGCGAUCGGUUUCGAAGUAAUAAUUGUUAGUUAUAGUUAUAAUUAUUUUACGUUCAGACACGCCAUAUUCUCUAAUCUGAUAAUAAAUUACCUGUUCUGACAAAAUUGUACUGACUGUUCCACUACCUUCUGUUACCAUAUUCUGGCACUAGCUAAUAAGUAUAAAAAAAAGAGACUACAGUUAUUAAUAAAAAGA